AUGGCCUUCUCAGGUACCCUGACCUUGACGGAUCUCAAUGAUUUCAUCUCUCCAGCACAAGCGUGUAUAAAGCCUGUAGAGGAGGUCAAGAAGACUGACGACCAACCAAAGACCGGGGCAAAGACCGAAAUUGUCAUAGAUUCGACUGGGUCGUACUAUGAAGUAUCCAACGAACCCUCAUAUGGCUCAGUUGACAUCUCUAAAGGCAAUACGAGAAGCUCUUCCUCGGGCCAGAAGCUCGAACAGGCACAAAUAAACCUCAACGAUUGCCUGGCUUGCAGUGGUUGCAUCACCUCCGCAGAAUCCGUCCUCAUCACCCUCCAGUCCCAUACAGAAGUUUUCAACUUUAUCGAAUCCAACAAAGACGCUUGUUCAGAUACCAAGAAGCUUCUGGUUCUCUCGAUCGCACCUCAAUCCCUCGCUUCGCUCGCGGCCUCACUCACUGCCCGUUUUCCUCAAGCACUCACAACUCCACUCCAAGUCCUGCGACGAGUUCGAGCGUUUUGUAAAGAGACACUAGGAUUCUCCGAGGUUUUUGAUACGACAUUUGCGAGGCACCUGUCACUACGGGAGCAUGUGCUGGAGUUUGAGGAGAGAAAGAAGAAGGAUAGCCAGGGCGGGCAGGAGGCAGAGGGUCAGUUACCGAUGUUGGCGAGUGCAUGUCCUGGGUGGAUAUGUUAUGCGGAGAAAGCACAUGCAGGGAUGUUGCCGUUCAUCUCGAGAACCAAGAGUCCCCAGCAAGUUAUGGGCACCCUCGUAAAGGAAUGGAUGGCUCAGAAGUGGAACAAGAAGCCUGAUGGGAUAUACCACGUCUCCGUUAUGCCCUGCUAUGACAAGAAACUAGAAGCUUCGCGGCAGGACUUUUACAAUGACGUCUAUUCGACCAGAGAUGUCGACUGUGUCAUUACCACCGGCGAGUUGGAGCUAAUGAUGAAGGAGAAGGACUGGGACAUCUCCAAAUCCGUCCCCCACGAGCUUGAUGAGCAGCAGACCUCCCCAUCCGAUGCUAUCCACCUUCCCGAACUUAUCCAGCACCCGGGGUCUUCAUCUGGAUCCUACCUUCAAUCUAUCAUCGACCACGUUACCGAGACAUCGCCUGUCACGUUGGCUCUCAACACCAAACUCAUGCGAAACGCCGAUUACGAGGAAUUUACGCUCGCGGAAGAAGCAUCAGGCAAGAUAGUGUUCAAGGGUGCCAAAUGUUACGGCUUUAGAAACCUUCAAAACAUUGUCAGGAAGGUGGGACGUGAUAAGGGUGUCCGCUUGGGAGGCGGAGCUGCGGGCAAAUUGGGUGGCAAAGCUACAGGUGGCGUUGGCAGGAGGAUAGCAAGGAGGAAGGGUGCAGAUGCAGCAGCAGGAGGAGGCUCGGGAGAAGCAUCAGCAGCCAAUCGGCAGUACGAUUAUGUCGAAGUCAUGGCCUGUCCCAGUGGGUGUGUCAAUGGCGGUGGACAGCUGAAGCCGGUGGCUUCUACGACGUCUUCGUCAACAGAUGCAACAGUGCCACCCAACACGACCUCAAAUGGCAACGUCGACGAGGAAGGGUAUGUGCGGAAUUGGGAAGAGAGCGGCGUGAUGCAGAGCAGUGCGAAAUGGGGAGAUAAAGAUUGGACGAAGAAAGUGGAAGAGGCGUAUUGGUCAUCAUCGUUGUUAUCGCCAUCGAUAAUAGCCAAAGGGCAGGAUGAGAUGCGGCAGGUGGAGGGAGGAGAGAAGAACAGGGAAGUAGCCGGACACGGGGAAAGCAAAGGAGGAACGAGCGGGGUUAGAGGUGAUGCUGGCCGAUAUCACGGUGAAAAGUGGGAUACCAAGAGUGGCCAGAACGGGUCUGCAGUCAGCGAAGUUAGCGAAAUGAGUGGGCACCAGGUGCCUCAUGACCUUGAUAGCCCACUUUCGACGUCUUCAAUUGAUAUCAAGGGGGGACAGGUGACUUGGGGAGAUGCGAGCGCUCAGGGAGGUGAUGUUGAUCAUGGAAGUAUUGUGAAGACAGGGAAGCACGAGACGAUGGUGGAGGCGGGCGGUGCCAUUGGUAGCCCAGAACCCGGCGCGUGGUCCAAAUUGCCUCAUCUUUCACACCUCAUCCGACAACGAUUCUCCCUUGCAAACGACCUGGCCGAGAGAAUAGUGGAAGAGAUGUGCAGAUCGAGUGAAGGUGGUGAUUACACCGAGUUCGAAGGGCGCCGGCAUCGGUUUUUCCGAACGCAGUAUCAUGCUGUUGAGAGUGAAGUGGUAGGGCUUGCGGUGAAAUGGUAG